AUGACCGAGCAGACUUCUCCGAUUUUGUCGAUUGAAUUCAUCAUUGUCGGCGGAGGGAUCGCAGGCCUCUCCGCUGCUUGUGCACUCAGCAAAGUAGGACACAAAGUGACGGUAUUGGACCAAGGAGAUGACUUUUUAAACACGGAAUACGGGGGUGGCUGCAGACUAGCUCCAAAUAUGACAAAAAAGUUCUACGAAUGGGGACUGGAAGAAGAGCUAAGAAAAUACAGCAUAGUGGGACAAUACCUCACACUCGCUCGCUACGAAACUGGUGAGGUGGCUUCUUCUGGGGAAUGGGGAGAGAAAUUUGAAUUGGAUCGGGCUGGCGAAUACAUUCAGCUGCGAUUUUCUGCACUCCGCAGACUUCUUUAUGAAGCGGCCCUCAGGUUUGGGGCCACCGUUCGGCCAAAUUCGGUAGUGAAAACAUUGCAUCCGGAACCCAAUAGACCCUCUGUCAUACUUGAAUCUGGCGAAGAGCUAUCUGCCGACGUUCUGGUCGGUGCGGACGGGAACCAUUCGAUAUCGCGCCAAACAAUGCUAGGGUGCAAAGAAGCUUUGAUCAGGAAAAGUAUGGUGAUGUACGACGCUACAAUUCCCAGAGAUAAAAUGGCAGCGGACCCAGACUUGGAUGCUCUUCUUACAAACAACCAAUACGGUAAAUUGAUGCUUUGGCACGGUGAUGGGCGAGGGGCAUCAGGAUAUGAGAUCACGAAGAAUGCAUAUUGCAUGCAAGUGUAUGCUCCUGGGAGCAGCGAGAUGCCCUUUCCUGUGUCUGUUUUGAGCAGUGAAGAACUGGUAGAAGUUUUGGGGGAGUGCGAUCUGCGGCUGCGCAAACUGGCUGCGUUGGCUAACAACGUGUUGGCAAUUCCCGUCAUCCGGCAGCCGCAACUCACAGACUGGGUCCACCCCAAUGGCAAAUUCAUUGCGAUCGGCGAGGCGGCGCACCCGCUUAUUACAGGGACCGUUUACACGGCAGGUCUGGCGGCUGAGGAUGGGAUCAUGCUUGGGAAAAUGUUUUCCUAUCUGCGGUACUACAACCAAAUCACACCUUUCCUCUCUGCAGUGGAGGACGUUAGACAGAAACGGGUCGCCGAUGCGCUCGAGGCACAGAGCGUUAAUCCAACAGACGCAUCAAUGCCCGCAGGCAUCGACGCCCAGGAGUCCCUUAAGGUGAUGGAGAGCAUCGCGGAUGGGACGCUCAGCCUCGACGAAGUCAACGACCUCUUACAUCAGGCGUUGGGAGUUAUAUUUGCUUAUGACCCAGAAGAAGAAGCGGAGCAUUGGUGGGUACACUGGGGCCUGCUGCGAGAACGUGCGGGCAGUGGCACGCCAGUCAUAUUCGACCCCAUUACAGUCCUUCAAGAGCAGGAGAACGAGUUCGAACAGGCUUUCACUGAUGCAGUAUAG